GAUUCAAUUCAGUUUGACGCCGAGAGCCAAACUAAAGCGUCGCGACGCCAAUUCGUUCAUUUAAACUUCUUCGCAAUAGACCCUUUGUCUGAUUUUCCGGAAUUUUCCGAGUUUUCCCACGGGAUUUUCACAUCGCGCAGUUUACGGUCCUAAUUUCCCCGGCUUGAGGAGCCCGUUUUGGGUGGUUUUGUGUCUUUGGUGCGAAUUUCGUUAAAAAAGGGACAUCAGUGGAGCACUGGGUGGAAUGCCAACCGAGUGCAUUACCAACCCUCUCCAGAGGGAACUCGCCGACUCCAUCAUCCGGAUGGUACCAUUGGACGAAAUCCGGAUUCUACUAGCGUGUGGAGCAAAGGUCAACGAACCCGUUACUCAAGGGUUGCGACCUUUGCAUUAUGCAGUCUGGCAAAGGUACUACGAAGCCGCGCAAUUGCUGUUGACAAGGGGUGGAGAUGUUAAUGCAGUCGAUGAAUGUGGUUACAGCCCUUUGCACCUUUCAGCAGAGCAUGGCUACACCGAAGUGGUGCGUCUGCUGCUCCUGUCGGGGGCCAAAGUCAACUACCGGCCCAACACCGACGAGGACUUCCCCCGGACGACGCAAUGCGACGAGCCCCUGCGGCUCGCCAUCCGCAACAAGCACAUGGACAUCGCCAGGAUGCUCCUCGAGCACGGCGCCGACCCCAACAAGCGCUACUUCUUCGGGGCGGAAAUCAACCUCGUUACGGACCUGGAGUUUCUGGAGCUGUUGCUGACGUUCGGGGCCAAUCCGGACAGCAGGGACAGGUCCGGGCUCACGCCCUUGAUGAAGGCCGUCAGGCAGCCGCAGGGCAUGGAGGCGGCCUUGAUUCUGCUCAAAUAUGGCGCCGAUGUGAACGCAAUGGCGGACGAGAGGCAUGAUUACAGGACCGUACUGCAUUAUGCCGUGUUGUCGGGGAAUUACGAGAUUAUUAAUUUGAUGAUAAAGCAAGGGGCAAAGUUGAAUUAUGACGAGGAGUAUGAUUUGGGGAAGCCGAGUCCGUUGGAUCUGGCGAUUCUGAAGGGGGAUCCCAAGAUUGUCGAGCUGUUGAUUAGAUCAGGUGCAAACGUCAACUGCAGCUCCCCCAUCAUUGGCUCCCCCCUCCACGUGGCCUGUGCCGACAACAUCCCCAACCGCUAUGACAUCCUCCAGAUGCUCCUCAAAGCUGGCGCUGACCCCAACCUCAAAGUCUACAACGACCUCUACGACCACAAUUCGCAACUACGGCCCGUUCUAGUGGAAUAUGUUGCCAGUAAUACCAACCCUAGCCUUGCUGUGGUCAACCUCCUGAUUCGCUAUGGAGCCAAAGUGGUGAUGAAAACGCAAUUUCGGGACCCUGACGGUAUCCUCAAUUCCCUCCAAAACGUUAUCUCGGCCAAAUGUGACUCAAUUUUCUUUCUCUUGCUUGAAGCGAGCGAAUCGUUCGAUGUUUGCAUGAUUCGGAGAAACUCGGUUAUAACGCCUGAGCAGAAGGCGACGCUUUUGGAGCUGGCCAAGUACCCGUUGAGUUUGAGGAGGCAAGUGAGGGUGUUUUUGAGGAGGCUUUUGGGAGGGAAUAAGCUCAUUGAUUCGGUGCCGAGCUUCGAGUUGCCCAAAUGUUUGGAGAAGUAUCUACUCUUUGACUAUAGCUGAUUGGAUUUUGGGCCAAUUUUUUGAUCCCUUGAUUCCGAUUUGUUGGUAUUACGCGUUUUGUAACCUUUCGUUAGGCUGUAGUUUUAUAUAUUUUUAUCCUUAUCGUUUUGUUGUCAAAUUUAUAUAUUUGUAAUCACCGAAAUAAAAUAUUUAAAAAUAA